UUAUAAUCUUAUUUAAUUUUAAUGUUCUCAAUCAAUCCUUGUGAUAAAUAUUUCAGUGAUGAACACUCAAAUCUUAACUUCUUCACUGAAGACCUUGGUUUUGAGUACGAGCAGAACAUUGAUCUCUCCGAGAACCAUGAUCUCUUCGAUCACAAGAGUCCUGAGCUCAAGGGCAACAUGCAGAGCAUUUCUGGAGAUCAAGCUCAGUGAGACAACAUUAGCAUUAAAGGAGUUCCUGAAGAAGUUAACGAGCCUCAGGGGUGUGACUUAUCAACGAGCAAAAGUGUAAAGAAGUCAGACCCAGUGAACAUGUCCAUCCAAGAAAUUAUUGAUUCUACUGAAAUGAACACUCCUGAGGUAGAGGUCACCCAUCUCACCUCUCAAGACUGUAAGGCCAGGAGGAAGAAGAGGAGCAACCUUAGUAACACCAGAAGGAGGAGAAAGGACAUUAUCUUUAAGUCCAUCUUAAGAAGAUGUAGGAAAUACUUCCAAUCAGAGUUUAACAAUUUCUGAAAUUACUCAAGAGUCAAAAAGAGGAGAUCUCGUACCUUUUUCUUUGAGCAGAUUACUAAGUUCUAUGUGCAUAUGUUCCAAGAAGAGUGUCCUGACCUUCUUAUCUUCUCGGCGUUCUUGAACUCUAAGGAUACUAUUAAGACAAUUGAUCUAUACACCUCAGAGGAAAGUGAGAUAGAGUCAAAGAAACAACAAGUGAGCAAGAUUCAUGACAUCCUGUAUAAAUUUACCCAUGAAAAGAUGGGGGUCUUCUUCGAGUACUCUCUUCUGAACUUCCUCUUCAAAAAGUUCGUGGAAGUAGAGAAAGAGUCACUCCCAAAGGGGUACAUGCAGCAGCUUGAAACGAUGCAGACCCUCCUCUAAUUAUUCAAAUUAAUAUUUGCUUAUUAAUAAAUCUUCC